UACAUUCAUUAAACUACUUUUGGCAACCCUGAAUAUCUAUACCCCAGAGGUGUUACCUGCUUCUCUGUGUAUAUACACUUAAGUUUACUUUAAUUCUGGACCCAAUAUAUUAUGUCUAGAACUAUACUAUACCACAUCUAUGGUAUACUUGGUGGGUGGUCAGUACGCUAAUGUGUUGCCAUGAUAACCCUCCGUAAGAUGAUUGCCAUUAAGCCCAACACCAAACUAACCAUGUGCUACGGACCACAGGCAUACAUACACCGAGUUAUACAACUGUAUAUUGUAAGGAUUCACCAUAGCCCGUGCUACAUAGAACUUUUUAUUCCGAGUAGCUGAAUCUAAAACAACUACAACUGUAUAUUGCCUAUCUGUGUAUAAACAAAGUUUACUUUAUUGUGUUCAAGACUAAGGUCAUCUUCCUUGGUUGAUCAGUAGGCAACUGUGGCUGUCUAACCUUCCAGAGGCUGAUAAGCACUAAGCCCGGGCCAAAAGUACUGCCUUUGUCACUCUAAGCUGCCAACUUCUGAGUACAAGAACAUGUUGUACUCAGUAAUUUAAGUCAAGCACUAAUAUUUGUUCCAGUCAACACUUGUCAGAUCAUCGUACCAUGACGAUGUUCUCGAUAAAAGACGCAAUAGAACCAAACGUUCACUACCUAUAGAAGAGGACUCGCCCCAACAUUACAUAAAAUCCUCAGUCUGAGGAACGGCUCUGACAUCGACUGUUAAUUCGUCAUUGGUGAAGCUGGAAGCGAGGUGCUGGAAGACUUACAUUUACAGUACAUUCUUGUACAGCCAUUAGUACGCAUAGCGUUUCGGGCAAAUACUUAAUCUUAAUUUUCCCUGGAAUACGACCCGCCAAAUCGUUUAACAACCAGGUAUACCCAUUCACUACUGGGUGAACAGAGACGUACAGUUAAGGAUUGGCGCCUAGUCAAUCCUCCCCGGCCAGGAUAUGAACCUAGAAUGGUACUCCACCUUCCCUUGUCCUGCAUCAGCCGGCUGACUGCUGCGUCUCAGUUAAUGUGUUAGCUCUGUGUUGCAAAAUAUUUUCGUCUGUUAUCCUUGUUGUUAAACGAGUUAACCAGAAAAGAUGUAAUACGAGGUACUGAAGGUUUGGUGUUGGGCUUGAAGCCUAUGAAACUACUCUAGUGGGUCAUUAAGACCAUUACAAAAGCUUACUGAUUUAAGAAUAUAUACGCCGAGAAGUGGAUUGAAACUAUGGUUGUAAGAAUUUUAAACGACUGCUGCACCACUAUUAGAGCUGUAUAGAAAUACAACUGCUGACGUAGAGGUGUCUACAAGAAAACUGCUCCGGAGACUGUUUAUCUUAGUUUAAGAGACGGUCGUGACGUUGACUUCUGACUAAUUACUAACAUUACGAAGUGAGUCAGUUACACCGCCCACUGAAGGUCCAGACCCUGAGGAGACGCAGAUGUGGUCGUUGGUGGUGGUGGUCGUGGUGGCGAGUCUGGGCUCGUCUGGUGUCCAUGGACGGUCCGUAGAAGGGUCGUCGCGACUGGAACAACUCCUGUCGUCUGGGUCGUCAUCGUCGGAACCUCUCAGCUUCCUCUCCCAAGAUCACAGCGUCAACAAGCGACAGGUGUUCGACCAGGCUUGUAAAGGCAUAUACGACAGAGCCAUCUUCAGGAAGCUUGAACUAGUGUGUGAUGAUUGUUACAACUUGUACCGCAAGCCCAAGGUCGCCACCACCUGCAGGGAAAACUGCUAUGCCAAUUCCGUAUUUCGUCAAUGCCUCGACGACCUUCUCUUGAUAAAUGUUGUUGACGAGUACAUCUCCGGCGUCCAAAUUGUCGGCAAGUAAGGUGACAGGUCUGUCACCCCGAGGGAAAGAGUACCCUUUGCCAACCAUACGUUCCCACCUACACCAGCUCUACGAUGUGCCCUGCUGCAUCUACCUUUACGACUUGUCCCUCCUCAACCACCAGUACGACUUGGCCCCCUUAUCUACCAGAAGAUCUUUGCCCCCGCAUCCAUCAGUACGACUUGGCCCCCCUCAUCCACCAGUACGACUUGGCCCCCUUAUCCACCAGAAGAUCUUUGCCCCCGCAUCCAUCAGUACGACUUGGCCCCCUCAUCCACCAGUACGACUUGGCCCCCCUCAUCCACCAGUAGGACUUGUUCCCCUCAUCCACCAGUAGGACUUGACCCCUCCAUCCACCACAAGUCCCACGACGAAGAGCAGGAACUAAUAUCUUCCUGAUUAACAUCUCUACGACUCUGGCCAACUGGGUACGAUUCUGGGCAUGAACACCUCUGGGUAUCUCCUGACACUUUAGGCAUAUGUGGACACCACCUGGACACGUUUCUAAGUCAAUUACCGGUAAACCUCACUUCAAAUAUAUGUGAAAAAUCUUCAGGCUCAUACCAAUCAAUUUUUAGGACGUCCAGAGGUGGUUGUAGUUGCCAAGAGGCAUGCUUGGGUGUCCGUGGGUGAACUGUGGACACCUAUGGACACUGAAGCAUCAACAGAUGCUCAAAAGUUCCUCGGUGCUCGCCACAAGAGUAGACGGCCCAUUUGAACCUCCAAGCCUUUUACGAGAACUUUACCAGAGAUUUUUUUUACUUGGAAUUUAAGUCCCUGCUCUCUAUUUCUGAAGACAAUGCUUCCUUGAGACACUAACAGAUCUGACUGGGAUCACUGUCGACUCGUCAUGGCAUUACUGUGUCCCUGGCGUCAUUGUGACAUUCCUUAUAGCAGGUGCCAUGGCAGCUAUUGUAAUGCCAACUGUCGCCAUUCCAUUGUGUAAUAUUAGUAUUUAUUUAACCCACAUUAAGGAGUUACUAACUUAUAAGUUUGAGAGAGAGAGAGAGAGAGAGAGAGAGAGAGAGAGAGAGAGAGAGAGAGAGAGAGAGAGAGAGAGAGAGAGAGAGAGAGAGAGAGAGAGAGA